AUCCGAGUGAAUCUCGACGCCCACAAAUUCUCAAACUCUAAAAUACACAGCAAAAUAGAAAAAGAGAAAGCAGAGAAGAAGAAGAAGAAAAACUAUUAAGACUUGUUCCAACCGUCCAUUCCUUCAACCAAAAGCUCCCAAAACUCCCCCAAAAAGUCAAAAUCUUCACCUUUUUCAAAGUUAUGCACUCCACUAUAUAUAUAGUCCUUUAAACAAUUAACAGCCAGAAUUGAUUAACAACACAAAGAAAAGGGUCACAAAAAAUCCAAUAGCAAAAAAUGAUCUAAAAAUUGCACCUAUAACCCUAUAAAGGAGUGAUUUUUAGAUUGGUAUUUUCAAGAAAUGAUCAACACGGCGGGUAGUAAUAAUAUGAUGUCUCCUUCUUCAGCAUCAGCGAACAACAGCGUACAAUCUCCUGGUUUAAAGACUUAUUUCAAAACCCCAGAAGGAAAAUACAAACUUCAGUAUGAAAAAACUUACCCUGCUGGUCUUCUUCAUUUUUCACAUGGCAAGACUGUAACUCAGGUAACCGUAGCUCAUCUCAAAGAUAAGCCCAUGCAGUCACAGCCUCAGUCGACAUCAAGUUUUGGAGUCAGCAGUGGUGUUAGGUCGGCAGCAGCGAGACUCUUAGGUGGUGGAAAUGGUAGUAAGUCACAUAGUUUUGUCGGAGGAAAUGGUGGAAGUAAGUCUGUCAGUGGCAUGAGUGGUAGAGCUGGAUCAUUUGGGGUGACAAGUUCAAAUAACAAUGUCAGUGUUCCCAAUUUUGAUGGCAAAGGGACUUAUUUGGUAUUCAAUGUUGGUGACACGAUUUUUAUUAGUGAUUUGAAUUCCCGAGAUAAGGAUCCUAUAAAGUCAAUACACUUUAGUAACUCAAAUCCCGUUUGCCAUGCAUUUGAUCCGGAUGCAAAGGAUGGACAUGAUUUGCUCAUUGGGUUGAGUUCGGGAGACGUUUAUUCGGUAUCUCUACGACAGCAAUUGCAAGAUGUUGGGAAGAAGCUUGUUGGGGCACAGCAUUACAACAAGGAUGGUUCUGUUAAUAACAGUCGAUGUACUAGUAUCGCAUGGGUGCCUAACAGUGAUGGGGCUUUCAUUGUUGCUCAUGCGGAUGGAAAUUUUUACGUCUAUGAUAAGAGCAAAGAUGGUUCUGCCGAUCCUUCAUUUCCAGUCAUCAAAGAUCAAACUCAUUUUUCAGUUGCCCAUGCACGUUAUAGUAAGAAUCCUAUAGCUAGAUGGCAUAUUUGCCAAGGGUCCAUCAAUAGCGUUGCUUUCUCGACUGAUGGGGCGUAUAUUGCAACUGUAGGGAGGGAUGGUUAUCUGCGUAUAUUUGAUUACAAAAAUGAACAGCUUAUAUAUGGUGGAAAGAGCUAUUAUGGUGCUCUACUGUGUUGUGCUUGGAGCAUGGACGGAAAGUACAUUUUAGCUGGUGGAGAAGAUGACCUAGUUCAGGUUUGGAGCAUGGACGAACGUAAAGUUGUUGCAUGGGGUGAGGGGCAUAGCUCGUGGGUCAGUGGUGUGGCAUUUGAUUCACAUUGGUCAGCACCAAAUUCAGAUGGCACAGAUGAAAAUGUUGUCUACCGUUUUGGUUCUGUUGGUCAGUACAGUCCCCCCCNAUUGCUCUUAUGGGAUCUGGAAAUGGAUGAAAUUGUAGUACCAAUGCGUCGUCCUCAUGGUGGAUCACCAACUUUCAGCACCGGGAGUCAGUCAUCUCAUUGGGAUAGGGCUUGCCCUGUUGGUACUCUUCAACCUGCUCCAAGCAUGCGAGAUAUUCCAAAGCUAUCGCCCCUGGUCACUCAUCGUGUUCACACCGAACCACUCUCUGGCUUGAUAUUCACUCAGGAAUCAGUCCUUACUAUCUGCCGCGAGGGGCAUAUAAAGGUUUGGGUGAGACCAGAGUUUGGUGAAACCCAAACAAGCAACUCGGAGUCUUUAUUAAGUACAAGCUUGAAGGAUAAGCCACCAAUAUCAGGAAAGGUUGUCAGUUCCAAGUUACAAGCAAUGACCUAACAGUUAUCAGAUUGUGUUCGUUGUGGUUUGUGGGUGGGUGGGGGGUUGCAAAAUGGAGGAUUCAACUAAAUGGGGCUCCUUUUUACAAAUGUCAGAAGCCAUUUAUUGAUCUUCAGAUUUGUUUGCUCAUCGUAUUGCGUAAACUGCAGUGAGAUUAACCAACUAAUUGUAUGGCGAACAGCGACCAAGAUGAGAAGAGUGUCCAAGCAGCUUGUAAGUAUGAUAGGCAAAAAUAAUUGGGUUUGGUCUUUUAGAAAUUUGUAAUUCCUAGUUCCCAUCCUCACACCUUUUGACCUUUUUCGUUUUCUCUUCAGCCAAUUUUGAUUAGAAACUGUUGGUUGAUUGUUGAUUUAAGUUGGGACUACCUCAUGGUAUGCCCUGCUCUACAUUAUGGACGCAGCUUUAUCGGUUUUUUUAGAGCUCAUUUUCAUGGAAUUUUUCUUAUGCAAGUAGGUUAAUAGGGCCUAAACUAUGAAUGGGAUCAGGUACAAAGUUUCAAAAUGUACCAUACCUUUUGUUGAUUGUUUAGAUUUCUUUUUUUCCUUGAAGCAGAGCAUGUAUAAAAGUUAGCUUUUAGAGAUUUUUGUCUU